CGCUGUUUACUCUUCAGAUGGUGUUGAUGUAGAGUUGUAUUUAUUUUUACUUUACGUAUAUUGCCUGUACUUUUCCAUUUAACUAAUAUACACAUAUGUAAAUAUAAGUUUUCUGUCAAAGUUUUAAACUCCGAAGAUGUUUCGGCUGGUUUUUUCCAAGCCGGGAGAUAGCAUUUGGCAAGAGGAUAGGCCUGACAUUGAUGCUCAUUCGUCGACACAAUUUGUUUACAAUGCACAUCAUUCGCUUGCACUGGACAUGCAACGUCAACGAUUGCCUAUAUUCAAAAACAAAGAUCACAUUAUCUAUUUGUUGGAGAAAUACCAGACCUUGGUUUUAGUCGGCGAAACAGGCUGUGGUAAAAGUACACAGGUCCCUCAGUAUCUUCUCGAAGCAGGAUGGUGUACAGAUGGAAAAAAGAUUGGCAUUACAGAGCCGAGAAGAGUCGCGGCCACUUCUCUGGCGAAUCGUGUGGCCGACGAACGUAAUUGUAUUCUAGGCACUACCGUCGGUUAUUGUAUACGCUUCGAUGAUUACACUGAUGAAACAACUAGGAUUAAGUACAUGACAGAGGGUAUUCUCCUAAGGGAAUUAAUGAGUGAUCCGUUAUUAACAAGUUACUCGGUCAUUAUCCUGGACGAAGUGCACGAGAGAACGCUCUUGACUGAUAUCAUAAUGGGACUGCUGAAAAAAAUAAUCAGGAAACGAAAGAGUUUGAGAAUUAUCGUAUCGUCAGCGACGGUUGACGCAGAGGAACUUCGAGAUUUCUUUAACGUAAAUGCGACGAAGGACUCGAGUAAAGAUAGCGCGGUUAUCAUGAGUGUCGAGGGGCGAUUGUAUCCGGUGGAUGUAUUUUUUCUGAAAGAACCGGUGGCGAAUUAUGUUAAUGGUGUAGUAGAUACAGUUCUAAAAAUACAUGAUACGGAGGAUUCAGGUGAUAUUCUAGCGUUUCUCACAGGACUUGAUGAAGUCGAUCAAGCUGUAUCCCUUUUAUCGGAACACGCAAAGCUUAUAAAAGAUGACAAACAGAAACUGCUUCCUUUGCCGAUGUAUGGAUCGCUUCCGAAUACGGAACAGCUUAAGGUAUUUUGGAGGGCCGCUAAAGACACUCGCAAAGUUAUCGUAGCGACAAAUAUCGCGGAAACGUCUAUUACUAUUCCAAAUAUCGUUUAUGUAAUCGAUUGCGGUUUUGUCAAGAUACCCUGGUUUGAAGCGGAAACGCAGACGAACAGCCUCGUUAUCGUGCCCAUAUCGAAAGCUUCCGCCAAUCAACGAGCUGGCCGCGCAGGCCGCGUACGUACUGGAAAAGCAUUUAGAUUGUACACAGAAGAGGCUUACGCAGAAUUGUUCGAAGCUACUCCUCCGGAAAUGCAACGGUCAGAUUUGGCGCCAGCGGUACUGCAACUGAAAGCCUUGGGCAUCGAUAAUGUAUUGCGUUUCAAUUUUCCAUCUGCGCCGCCCAGCAAAAAUCUAGUCACGGGAUUGGAAUUGCUUUACGCGUUAGGUGCGAUCGACAGUAACGGAGAUUUGACGAUGCCAUUAGGUCUUAUGAUGGCGGAGAUGCCAUUGGAACCAGUGCUGGCGAAAUCCUUAAUCACAUCUGGUGAAAUGGGAUGUUCCGAGGAGAUCACGACAAUAAUCGCCAUGCUACAAGUUCAGAAUGUUUUCAUACAACCCGGCGGAGGGCAAGCGAUUCUAAAAGCAAGAAUAGCUCAUCGCAAAUUCGAAGUGGAAGAAGGAGAUCUUCUUACCUUGUUGAAUGUCUACACAGCUUUUGAACAGAAUAAAACGCCCGCCUGGUGUCAGAAAUAUUUCCUUAAUCAUAAAGCUUUGCGGAGAGCUACGGAAAUUCGCGUGCAGAUGCAUAAAAUGCUGAAACGUUUAGACAUUCCAUUGGUAUCCUGCAAUGGGAAUGUUCAACAAAUUCUUAAAUGUUUGACCGCUGGUCUUUUUCCCAAAGCGGCAUAUUUACAUUAUACAGGUACAUAUAGAACGGUUCGGGGCAACAAGGAUUUGUACAUUCAUCCAAAUAGUUGCUUAUAUACUCUACAACAGCCGCAAUGGUUACUAUUUUGCGAAAUUUUGCAAACAAACAAAACUUACAUGAAGGACUUGACUGUCAUUCAGCCAGAAAUGUUGUUGGAUGCGGCACCACACUUUUAUGAGAGAACAUCACUUGAAUCUGUUUAA